AUGGCCAGGUGGCUGCGGGACUACCUGAGCUUUGGCGGUCGGAGGCCCCCUCCGCAGCCGCCCACCCCCGACUACACGGAGAGCGACAUCCUGAGGGCCUACCGGGCGCAGAAGAAUCUGGAUUUUGAAGACCCCUAUGAGGACGCCGACAACCGCCUGGAGCCGGACCCCGCCGGCCCUGGGGACUCCAAGGGGUCAGGAGACGCCAAGUACGACUCUCCCAAGCACAGGCUCAUCAAGGUGGAGGCUGCGGACAUGGCCAGAGCCAAGGCCUUGCUGGGCAGCCCCGGGGAGGAGCUGGAAGUCGACACCGAGUAUUCAGACCCUUUUGAUGCCCAGCCUCAUCCUCCUCCCCCGGAUGACGGUUACAUGGAGCCCUACGAUGCCCAGCGGGUCAUGAGCGAAUUGCCAUGCAGAGGGGUGCAGCUGUAUGAUACACCCUAUGAAGAACAGGACCGAGAUCCAGGGGAUGGACCCCUUUCCGGGCAAAGGCCUCGACAGAGCAGGCUGCCCCAGGAAGAUGAACGGCCAGCGGAUGAGUAUGACCAACCCUGGGAGUGGAAGAAAGACCACAUCUCCAGGGCAUUUGCAGUGCAGUUUGACAGUCCGGAGUGGGAAAGGGCCCCAGGCCCAGCCAAGGAGCUCCGGAGACCCGCGCCCAGAAGUCCUCAGCCUGCAGAACGCGUGGAUCCGGCCCUGCCCCUGGAGAAGCAGCCGUGGUUUCACGGCCCGCUGAGCCGGGCAGAUGCUGAGAACCUCCUGUCACUCUGCAAGGAAGGCAGCUACCUCGUGCGGCUCAGCGAAACCAGCCCCCAGGACUGCUCCCUGUCCCUCAGGAGCAGCCAGGGUUUCCUGCAUCUGAAGUUCACACGGACCCGAGAGAACCAGAUCGUGCUGGGGCAGCACAGUGGCCCCUUUGCCAGCGUACCCGAGCUGGUCCUGCACUACAGCUCACGCCCGCUGCCGGUGCAGGGUGCAGAACAUCUGGCCCUGCUGUACCCGGUCGUCACACACACCCCCUGAUGGGGACCCUCAGCCCCCUGCCCAGCAUCCCUGCCUGAUAAAGCUGGAGGACAGAUGGACAAACAGACUCUCUACCCUGCCAGACCCUGGUCUACAUCAAAGCCACCUUAUCUGACUCCUUGUGGGUUCUAGAACUCAGAACUGUGUCUCAAAACCAUCCCCUGGCCUGG